AUGGGAACGAAAGGUCUCCGUACUGCCGCCAAAGUCUCUCUAGACAUACCAGCAGCAGAACAGCCAUGCCUACACAAUCGCUGGCACCCAGACGUCCCCUCGGCUGGUACCAUCGCCAACAACGAAGUCGUCAAGAUCGAAUGCGUCGACUGGACCGGCGGGCAGAUCGGGAACAACGACUCAGCCGACGACGUUAAGAAUGUCGACCUGACAAAGAUACACUACCUGACCGGGCCGUUUGAUAUCGAGACCGCGGAGCCUGGAGACGUACUGGUGGUGGAGAUCCAGGACGUGCAGCCGUUCCAGGACCAGCCGUGGGGGUUCACGGGCGUGUUUGAGAAGGCGAAUGGAGGGGGUUUCUUAGAUGAGCUUUAUCCGAAGGCAGCAAAAGCCAUCUGGGACUUCGAAGGCAUCUUCUGCUCCUCGCGCCACAUCCCCGGCGUCCGCUUCGCCGGCCUCAUCCACCCCGGCAUUUUGGGCUGCGCGCCUUCGCCCGAGAUUUUGGCAGAGUGGAACCGCCGCGAGGGCGAGCUCAUCACCGCACACUCGCACCUGGAUCGCGACGUUGCCCUGCCACCUAACCCGACGAACGUGCACGCCGGCAGUGCGAACGCGUCGCUGAAGGAGAAAAUCGGGAAGGAGGGUGCCCGGACGGUCCCCGGCCGCCCUGAGCAUGGCGGGAACUGCGAUAUCAAGAAUCUGAGCCGCGGGAGUAAGGUGUAUCUACCUGUGCAUGUGAAGGGGGCGAAGUUCAGUGUCGGGGAUUUGCACUUCUCGCAGGGCGAUGGGGAGAUUUCGUUCUGUGGUGCUAUUGAAAUGGCUGGUGUCAUAACCAUCAAAUUCAGCGUUAUGAAGGGCGGCAUGGCGCAGCUAGGCAUGAAAUCUCCCAUCUACGUCCCCGGCCCCGUGGAGCCGCAGUUCGGACCGGGCAGGUACAUCUACUUCGAGGGCUUCAGCGUAGACGAGCACGGGAAGCAGCAUUACAUGGACGCGACAGUUGCGUAUCGACAGACAAGCCUGCGAGUGAUUGAGUAUUUGAGGCGAUAUGGUUACGACGACUACCAGAUCUACCUCCUCCUCUCUUGUGCACCAGUUCAGGGACAUGUGGCUGGGAUUGUCGAUAUUCCAAACGCGUGCACGACCAUGGGUCUGCCGAUCGACAUCUUCGACUUCGAUAUCUCGCCCGAUAAGCCUGCAAAGAAGAUGGAUAUGGGCGCUUGUGCAAAGGCUAGCUCAUAG